CCGGCAUUAAAACAUUGUACCAAAGAAGAUUCACGGCGCAUCAUGAACUUAGGCCAAGCCCAUAUCGAAUUUAGACUGUGAUAAGACUCCUGCAGUCUCUACGAUUUAGACGAACAUACUGGCUUGGCCCCACAAGGAUCUCGCCAUGGGAAUAAAAGGUUGUUGGACUUGCAAAGGGCGCAAAGUUCGAUGUGACUCUCAUCGGCCGAGAUGUGGCAACUGCACGAAGGCGGGGCGCGUCUGUCAAGGCUAUGGUAUCCAGCUGUCCUGGCCUCGAGAUGGCGACAGAAAAAGAGCAAUCAUCUCGCGAGAUACGCGCCGCGCAGUGAAUAAUCUUCAUUCAAAUGUCAAGACGUUCUUGAAUUCAUCUUCCUGGGACAUAUCGCUAUCAGAGGAGCUAGAGAACGGAAGGAUCUCUGCUCGUUACCUUCGUACCAUGAAAUUCCCUCGCCCGAACUAUCUAUCGCCCACCGUCAUAAACUCAGAAGAGUCGCAUUUACUGGGGUUCUUCAACGAAUCGAGAUCACUGAUACUAGGACCAACCGACGAGGAGGUUUUGGCACAAUUUAUCUUGAGAAUUGCCUUCUCAGAUCCAUCCGAUGCGACCAAUCCAGUCCUACAAGGCGUGUUUGCUCUCGCAUCACUACAGCUUCACGGUAGCUUGAAGAGUUUUCGCUACAAGUGUCUUGUCAUGUCAUCAGUUAAAGAGCCAAUCAACUGGCCCGACGAGAAGACGCUGCUUCAGAACUUGAUAGCGAUGAUGCUUUUGUAUCAUUAUGAGCUCUCACUCGAAUCAGACUCCAAAGGGAGCUGGGUAACAUUUCUAUGCGCAGUGAAAAGGAUUAUCAACACGUCAACAGCAAUUCACAAACUUGUGCGGCAAGAAUAUUCGGUCUUCCUUGAUUGGAUUUAUUAUCACGAGGCCCUCGCAGAGUUCACAGUCAGGCAUUGGGCUGUACCUUAUGAAGGUUGCGGCUUUGUUCCAAUAGCAAGAUCACCCAGAGCCAUCGAGGGAAGCGGUUCAAAGGUAGAGGACAACAUCGGCUGUCCAACUGAUGUGCUCCAGCUCGUUGUACAUACAUGUAGACGAGCUAUAGUCGCGAAUUCCUCCGAGAUGAAAUAUACGAAUGCUGAAAUGGAGCGCACGAAGGUGCAGGAACAGAACAUUUCCAGGGCGGUGGGAGAUUAUGGCCCCAUUCACGCACAAUCUGCGGCACCGAUAGACCGGAAUACCAUGGUCUCCGAUCUUCAUCGAAUCGCGUCCUUGAUAUAUGUCAAUCGGGCGGUCCAUUGCGUUUCAGGAACAGAAUUCCAUCAUAGACGACUUGUGAGAGAAGGAAUAUUGCUGUUGACCGACAUGAAAACAUGCCAGAACGCCUGGCCAUUGUUCAUUAUCGCCUGCGAAGCAGUUGACGACGAUCAGCGCCUUGCUAUCCUGGACGUCUUUGAACAAAGUCAGCAGAAUCGAAGACGAAGAUCAAGCCACAUUCAUUUUAUUCAGCAUUUGGUUGAGGCUGUGUGGAACCAGCAUGAUCUCAAUGUGGAGAACCAAGUCGAUUAUUUAACUAUUUUCGAUGCGGUUGUUGGUGGAGUUCCAUUCAUGCCACCAUUUGCCUGAGUUCGCGUCUCGGCCCCAUCACUUCCAUUCACUGUCC